AUAAUUUUUAUUUCUCAGCCUAUGGUAUUUUUUCAAUCUUUCUGGCUUCGGUUCUACAUACCUUAGGUGGUCUUUUUAAAGACAGUUGUGUUCACCUCAAGAUUUCAUUUUAUCUCCUCUUCUGCUUUUGUCUGGCCAUUCUUGGUAGGACUUCCCAACUUCAUACCUGUAUUUUCAGCUGAUUUACUGUCAGUUAUAUCGGCCCUAUGAAAAGUGAAUUCGUCAAUCUCUGAUGGUUGUUGUAGUAACGGAUUCUUUAUUUCUAUGUUCAGCUCUCACUGCAAAUAGUGGUUCACAUCUUUCAUGUACAUUUUCUUCUCUGGUACCUUCUCACUUAUUCCUAAUUAGAUUGGCAUGAGUACCUGGCCACAAAGGCUCAGUUAUGAAUGAGAUAGCAGAUAGCUUGGUGAGAACAGCCCUUAGUGGUCCUGUUCUCGCAAUACUUUCGUUGUCAGCUUUCAUAAUUGCUGCUAUAGGUUUAGGAGGCGUCCAGUAAUCCAAGGUUCUUUGAAACCAUCAUUAACACAUUUAACUGAUUACCAACCCCACCUAUGGGAGUAUAAAUUUCUGUCCUACUUGAAAAAUUGAGGCCCUGUUUGAAAGACACUUUUCUUGCUAAAUUCUUAAAUUUUCAUCUUAUGUUACUUUUGAUUUAUUUGAAUUUCUUAUUUGUGUAUAUCUUAUUUUAGAUUUGACACAUUAUGUCCGAUUCUUAGCCAUUUCCCCAUAAUGGGUAUGAUCCACUGGUAAAUGCAAACCAAUCAACCAAGAAUGCACAGGAGUGCUCUCUUGAAUUUUACCUAAUUCUUCCCUUCUCCUUAUCCAUUUUCCCAAACAGGCCUCCGGGCAUCAUUUCAAUAUGUUAUUCAUUCAUUUCCAUUCUGUUUCUUCUACCGCUGGAUUCAUAGUGGGUUGUGCCAUUUCAUGUGGACCAAACAAAUGGGGCUCGUGUCUACUCGCUCUGUCAGUCCACACAUUUUUCUUUUUUUUUUUUGCUCCGCAACGCUUAAGCUUGACGCAGGGAGCUGUGCUGCUGGCAGUGCUCAUCAUGUGUGCACUGCAACCUGCGCUCUCUUACUCAAAAGGGGCGCCCCUGAGCGCCUGCAAGGAGAUGGUGCCCAGGCACAAGAAAGGGCCCACCUUCACGCACCACAACUUUCAGCUGGUGGUGGACACUGGUGUCUUGGAAGGCCGGGUUACAAUUAGACUUCUUACGCUCAAUCAGAGCGUCAAGUUCCGGGGCUUCUUCAUUCGUGCCAUGUCGCUCAAGGGCAGCAGCUGGGUCUUCUUCCCUGGGAUCUUUGAGAAGGAUGCGAAGUUCCAGGACUCCUUGUACGUCAACUGCGAUGGCCACGAAAAGAGUGCCGUGAGCCAUGGAGACAGCAAAGACAAGGUGGAGGUUGUGGUCCACUGGAGACCGGAACCUAGGCCAAAGGAUCUUGUCCAGGCCAUUUUUAGGGCAACGGUGGUGCAGACUCACGACAUCUACUUCUUGAAGGUGGAAAGCAGAACCCUCCUGUUCGGCGCUGCCGACCCUGCCGUGUUUAGGCAAACGGCGCUCGUGGAUCUCCACAGCUACUGUAUCACAUCUGCAGCUGUUUGGCUUUUCUAUGCCUGGGCGGUGUGAAAAGCAUCAUGGUCUAAUGACCAGCUAACAGCCAAAGCACACCAUUGAUGACAGCCUUGUCGCAUGGACUUAUAGUUCUGUGCGAAUUAGCAACACUUAUGUGAGAAAUAAUUAAACUUCUUUUACAUUCGCAAACAACAAUCAUCCUGAGAACAGAGUUUUAGAAUAGGCUAUAAGCAUAGUUUGUGCGCGCCAGAAUUUGUGAGAUUUAGUAUAUAGGAAUUUGCAGUCAUGCUUUGCGUCAGUCCAAAUAAAUAAUUGUAUUCACACAUUACGCUUGCAGUGCCACUGCGGCUAACAAGCCAACCUAAAUGACAAAAUCAAAAAUGAAAACCAAUAAACUAAAAGCUCUGCUUA